CCAUUCAGUGAGUGCAAGCGCUUCAUCAGCGGAGCAAGAUCGCAGUCGCCGAUGGGAAAGUAGUUGCUGUUAUCGGUGUGCCCCUCAUUACCAGUGUUGAUAGAAACGCGUUACACAUCGUGUAAAGGGUGAUUUAAUGUGUUUGUGCUUUAGCAGUGAUCGAUCAACCGCACAGAAAGUGUCCAUUAUUCGAACGAUGUAACGGCAGGCAACAUCCAGUGGCGCUCGUUUUGCUGUAGAGCUAGCUCUAAUAUAACACCCGCUGAUAAUGGGUCGGAUAAGACACGGACAGCAAUAGGUGUAAUUCCACGUGCACUCAUUUCCUGAACUUCUUCCAACGUUUUGUCGUAUUGCAAAUCGUGUGUGUGUGUGUGUGUGUGACGAGUGAGCAAAUCGAGCACGGGCGUCAUCAGUCUUGCGCAGUGUAGUAUAAUCCGGACUGUCUACCAGACGGGAAGUGCUGUUACACAUACGUUGAUUAGUGCCUCCGAUGUUGAAGCUUAGACCAAGUGGCUGAAAUAACGAUAAGGAAGAAGCCCUGUGAAAAAAAGGGAUUAAAGCAGGGUUGCCAAAAUGCAAAACGGCACAAAUGUCAAAGCGUGAUUUGUGUUGCCAAACAGCGAAGUAGCCAUUGGAAGGCCGUCAGUGCGCGAGUGAAAGCGUGCAACCGCGUUCCUCUAUAGGUGGUUCUCAGGAAUUCCCAAUUGCCAAUUGCUGAUCGGGAUAUCACCGUUAAAAUCCCUGUCGCUGUGGGCAGAGUAUAAUUGGUUAGUUGAUUCCUGCAUAACCUACAACGACAAUGGAAAACUGGAGAUGUAAGCAGUGUUGCAAUUUCCCGAACGGGGAGGUGUACCAGUGUGCUGCCAAGGAUCACUUUUACUGCGCAACUUGCAAGGAGUCAAAGAACAGGACGCUAUGCACGUGUGGAGCGAAGCUGAAGGAUGGCAAGGUACCGAACCCGAUCGAGAAGCUGCUGCACCAAGCGAUGUGUCCGUGCCGCUACGCACCGAACGGAUGUACCUGGAAGUUUGUGCAGAGCGAGAUGGACGCGCACUUGGUCGAGUGUCGCUUUCGGCCGUACCGAUGUGUGGCUGCUUCGUUGAACGUGAUCAAAUGCAACUGGCAAGGUUUGCAGCACGAGAUCGAGGACCAUCUAGCGAAGGGCCACAAAGAGCUGGGCGAGGUGUUCCGGUUCCGCGAGAGCACCUCGCUCGUGUUCAAGGAGCAGAUCUCGCUCGGCGGUCUCAAGCUGGUCGAUGCGUUCAGCAAGCGCUUCCUGUUCUACUUCUUCUCGGACGUCGCCCACAAGAAGCUCUCCUUUCUGAUGCUUUACUUCGGGCGGCGCGAGGAGGCGGCCCAGUACUGCUACGAGCUGGAGAUUAGCGGCCGACCGUUUGCGCCACCCGCCAAUGGGACGGACAAAGAGGCCACCACCAUCCCGCCGGUGGUCGAGGAUGAUGCACCCGACGCGAGCGUCUUCUCCCGCACCGUCAAGUUUGUGGAGCGUUGCAACUCCGAUUCGGAAAAUCUCGCCGAACUGCUGGACGAGGAACGGUGCGUGUCGCUUUCCCACCGGCAGGUGAAAAACUACCUGCACGAGGGCAAGCUUCACAUGCGGUACCGAGUGCGCAAGGUUGAUGGAGGUGGCCGGGAGAAGAAACUCUCCGGCACGGUCGUGCCGGCCGGGGAAGAUCCACCCCUCGGAAGUGCGGCUCCGGUGAAACCCAAGCCAAGGCCACCACCGUUCGUGUUUGCCAAGAAGGGAACGCUUGCCGGUCCGGGCAAGCGUUCCAGUUCCAGCUCGAGCUCCAGCUCCAACACGAGCUCCUCUUCCAGCUCCAAAUCGGAAUCGUCUACCGGGUCAGGCAAAACGGUGCAAAGCACGGCGUCCGUUGCCUCCCGUUCGCCAUCGACCGCCUCUACCAUUACGAUAAGCUCGGAGCGCAACAGUGGCGACUCGGGGCAGCUUGCAGCAGCAGGCGCAAUGGAUAGCCGCCACUCGCUGUCGUCCAUUAAUCGCCUGACGACUCCACUGACGCCGUUCGAAAAGCCGGAACAGUGUCCGCUGAUGACGCCUUCCAUCAACAAGCACGAUGUGGUGAGUGGUAGUGGUAGUGGUGGUGGUAUACGUGCUGCCCGGUCGAAGCAGAACGCGAUCGACAAAAAGCUUGCCUUUCACCGAUACAUGCAAGAAUCUCGCAAAGGGAAGAAGUAGAGUGUGUGCGCUUCGUUCGUCACCCAUCGUAACGUCUGCUCCUCAUCUGCUUCAUGUUCGCUUUUUAUCUGUACCUUUAUGUGUGUGUGUGUCUGUGUGCGUCUUUCAACACAGCGCCUACUAUUAGAAGUUUGUAUCGUGACCCCGCCCCGAUUCCUGCCUCCUCCCGUUGCAGCCACCCUCGUGGAGCGUUUCGCAAACCACGACGAGCAGCUUCGCCUACCACACCAGCACCGAGUACCAUCGGCAGGUGUACGGACACGAGCCGUACCGCAUCUCGCGCCAUUAUCCACCGUCCGAGUGUACGACCACGGCGGCCGUCUGUCAGAAGUACACGCAGCCGUACAAGGUGAAGGACGAUCGGCCGUACCUGCUGAAGCAGCCGACGAACUGUCUGUUCAAACCGCAACCCAAGUGGUGUGGCGGAGCUAGUGCCGGUGUAGGUCACGGGAAGGGUGGUUGGAGUGCGUAACCGCCCCCGCUGUGGUCGAAUUUUCAGCUUCCCACACUAAUAAACUACUCAUUUCUCAAUA